AAGCUGCAGUGCCGGCUGUCUCGCUCUUCCGGGCCUCAUUGAUUUUGCGGCGUACAUCGCGCUUAUUUCGCGUAAGCAGCACGACGCUUUCAGUCCACUGGAGGACUAGGUGUCUUUAUACAGCUUAAUCUUUCGCUGAAAAUACUUUACAAUUACUCGAGUUAUUCGUGCAUGCUAGCCACACACACAGUCCGUCCAUUUUGGAACGCCUUCAAUUUUUACGUUUUGCUUUGGAGAUACAUUUUCUAAAUUUGGAGUUUGAAGAAAGAAUAAAGUUCAUAAUGGAGGCAGGAAACAUGACUCCAGAUGGUUACGCAAGGGUGUACGUGGGAGGUUUGAACGAGAGCAUCAGGAAAGAAGACCUGCAAAUGCAAUUUGAGAAAUUUGGCAAGUUAAACAAGGUGUGGGUUGCAUUCAAUCCACCAGGAUUUGCCUUUAUUGAAUACUUCAAUAUGGACGAAGCAGAGAUGGCCUGCAGCAACAUGAAUGGCACAGACCUGAUGGGUGCUAAGUUGCGCGUGGAAAUAUCGCGAGGUCGUGGUCGUGGGGGUAGGGGAGGAGGCAGAGGUCGUGGGGGUGGUGGCCGUGGCGGAAGCGGCGGUUUCCGCAGCGGUGGUGGAGGGUACGGUUCUAGGGGUGGCGGUGGCGGUUAUGACCAAGGAGGCGGCGGCGGUGGCAGUUACUAUUCAGGCAGAGGUGGCGGUAAUAGCGGACGCUACGGCGGCGGCCCUGGCGGUGGCCGAAUGCGCGACAAUUACGGUGGAGACGUCGGCGCCGGCGCUGCAUAUAAUCAAGACGCCGGCAACGAGUAUUAUAACAAGGACACCGGCUCAUCGAGGUACCGCAGCCGUUCGCCAGCCGGACGUAACAGUCAACGUCAUCUGCGCGAAUGCAUUUAAUUGAAUCUACGCUACGUUGCCAUACCGAACUCACUGCGGGUCGACAGCUUCGCCCGCCUUCGACGACUACCAUUCUGUCCAAUCUACGCAGCGACAUGUGUACAUAGCUUUUAAGAAUCGAUUGUAAUUAGUGCUACGAUUACUACCUUUUUUUUUUUCGUUUUUUUUUAAACAUUUCAACUAUUCCAAUUUGAUGCAUAUCAGGUCAAUGGUUUUUUAGAUGCUUUUUUUUAUGAUUGCGAAGACAAAGAGUUAAGGACAAGGAAAAUAUACUUGGAAAAAGACUGAUUUUAAUGAAAAAGAAAACAAAUAUUAAUGAUGCUUUUUGCUGAGUAAGUGUAAAGGCUUGACUUCCAUACUUAGUGUUUUAAGAAAUUCAUUGAACACGUAUCCAACUAUUUUAUUAUGUUACUGAUAUUCAUGAUCAUCAGGAUUAGAGUUCUUGAUUGAUUUACUGAGAUUUUUGACUACUUUAGUUUCUAGUAUUCCAUAAUUUAACUCUUUUUAUGCUUUACUCAUUCAUUCUCUUAGAUUAACACUCAUUGAUUGUUGUAUUGAAAUUUUAUCUCUAACUUUUUAUACGAAAAAAAGAAAACGUAAAUUUCAAUCUUGAUGUCUUUUUGUAUGUUAAGUUUCUAGAACAAAGAAAUCGUCUGCGAUCAAGCCGCCUAUGUUUUGUAUGAAUAAACAUACGUUCUUGAAACUAUGGAUUAAAAUCAGUGUCACUUUAUAUUUUGUAAACUAUCUUCAAUUGAUGUUAUAUUAAAAAAAUAACUUGCGCUCACUAUUGCCUGCCACCCUGCCUGUCUGCCUGCCUACCUCCGUCAUUUGUAAAAAUUUGAAGGAAAUUCAAAUCUCAGCUAUUUCUAUCAAACCAAAUAUAUUACAAAAAAUUUAAGUUCUAUAAAACAAAUAUUCAUAUAUAAAUAAUUUUCAAUUAAAACAAAUUAACAUUAAAACUUGUACCCUCGCGAAAAAGAAAAAAAGUGAUAAAUUCAUUUUCUCAAAAAUUGUUAAUAUCAAUACCUUGUUUAUAUAAAAAAAAAUCGAUAUUAUUUUGAUAAUUCGUGAGUAAAAUUGUUCAAAAUACGCUUCACUGUUGCCUAUAUUUACAAAUCACGUUAAGCACGUAAGUAUUAUACAAAUAUUG